AUGGCGAAAAGAACAGCCGAAAGAACAGAGGACAACGGUGAAACGAAAAGGUUGGACACAAACUUUACCCACGAGGAAAUCAAGUCGUUUUUGAACGCUAAGAUCUUUACAAGCGAUUUUCAAAACCAAUUGGAAAAUGACAUCAAAAACAGCCAACCGUACAGAUGGGGCACUGUCACAGAGCUUAUGGAUGACACAUUGUUGAGAAACGUCCGCAAAGAAGUUUUGUCCGAGAUUGCCUUCACGAAAAAGGAGACCGACAUUUACAAGGUUUAUCAGUCUGGUGAUUUGGCAAACUUGUCUGGGCUCGAUUGGGAUGACUUAUCCAGACUUCCAUCAUUGUACAAGUUACGAGCAGCUAUCUACUCUCAAGAGUUUCGGGAUUUUAUUUCGAAAGUUACGGGGUGCGGUAAGUUGAGUGGAUCUAAAACUGAUAUGUCCAUCAACACUUACACCAAAGGAUGCCAUCUUUUAACACACGACGAUGUGAUUGGAUCUCGGAGAGUCAGCUUUAUUCUCUACUUACCAGACCCUCAGUUCACUUGGAAGCCACACUAUGGAGGUGCGUUGAGAUUAUUUCCUGCAAUUGUCCCUAAUGUUCCUCAGGCGGACUUCAGUGCCAAGUUGGUUCCCCAGUUCAACCAGAUUGCAUUCUUCACUGUCCAACCAGGACUUUCCUUCCACGACGUUGAAGAAGUUCGUGUUGAUAAACAAAGAUUGUCCAUCCAAGGGUGGUUUCACAUUCCCCAGCCAGGCGAGGAUGGCUACAUUCCUGGUGAACAAGAGGAGACUGAAGCUAAAAGCACCUUACAGCAAUUGCAAAGUAAGGAGUUACAGGAAUACGAUUUCCCCAAGCCAUUCAGAAAUGACAUUCCUGCCGAGGAGCUCAAGAUUUACGAUGCAUUGGACCCCGCUGGGCAUUUCACUGCAGAAGAAGAGGCGUACUUAGCUCAGUACAUCAACCCCAUUUACUUGGGUCAAACUGCGAUUCUGAAGUUGAACUCAACGUUCGCCGAAGAGUCUGUGCUAGAGAUCAAUCUGUUCUUGAGAGACGAAUAUGCGCAUUUGCUUAGAGAGACGCUUCGGAGAACUGAGUUGGAGAACAAAGUACCACAGGUUGCUAGCGAAAUCCACAGUCCGUGGAAAUGUGCGGUGCCUCCCCACAAGCAACGGUACAUGUAUAUUGAUGGCAAGUCGUCUUUUCCUCUCACCGAAGAGUCUAUUAGACACGUGAACCACAUUGGUCCACAGGAGUUGCCAAAUUUUGAGCUUGCAAAGCAAUUGAGCCCACAAGAAACCGAGCGCAAGAUACUUGAGUUGAUGGGUCUCAUGAAGUCUAUCGCCUAUAGAAAGUGGUUGAUCUAUGUUACAGGACUCGUUCCUACCAGUGACCAAAUCCUUGCCAGGAAGUUUAGACCAGGUCACGAUUUCAUCUUGGCCACAACAACCGACAAGAACUUGGCUAGAGAAAAUACACCUGAAUUGAAUGUGUUGCUAGAGGCAACUCUUGGUCUUACACCCACAGCGGACAAUCCAAAAAAUUGGGAAUCGGGCGAAUUUGGUGGCUACGAGUUAUGUAUGGCCAUGAAUGGUGCCGACAAUGACUCUGAGUUCGAAGACGAUGAUCCAGCUGUGUACCGAACCAAUGACCCUAAUGAUGAUUCCGUAUUGUUUACAAGCCAGUGCAAGUGGAACACUUUGAACCUUAUGUUAAGAGACCCUUCAGUGUUGAAGUUUGUCAAGUAUGUGAGCAUUAAUGCAAAGGGCUCAAGGUGGGAUAUUAGCGCCCAAUGGAACGUUAAAUACUUACAGGAGGAGGCAGAGGAAGAAGAAGAGGAAGAACAAGAGGAGAAAGACAAUGCAUAG